UCUUUUUGCGGUUUCUUCUGUAGUUUCGGUCCUCGCCUUCGUUCGCCAUGUCCGCUUCGUCGGGCCGGGAGCCGGGUCUGGGGCCCGGGAUGUCCAUGUUCCGCUGGCUGGAGGUUCUGGAGAAAGAGUUCGAUAAGGCCUUCGUGGACGUGGACCUGCUGCUGGGAGAGAUCGAUCCGGAUCAGGUGGACAUCACCUACGAGGGCCGCCAGAAGAUGACCAGCCUGAGUUCCUGCUUCGCCCAACUGUGCCACAAAACCCAGACCGUCUUCCAGCUCAACCACAAGCUGGAGGCUCAGCUGGUGGAUCUGCGCUCCGAGCUGACAGAGGCUCAGGCCGAGCGAGCGGUGGUGGAGCGAGAGGUCCAUGACCAGCUUCUGCAGCUUCAUGCUCUUCAGCUGCAGCUCCACGCUCAACAGGACCAGACUGAGGACUCUGACUCCAUCAAAGCCAGACUGGAACAGGAGCUGGAGGCCAAGAAGAAAGAGAACAUAGCCAAGGCCAGGCUGGAUGCAGAAGUGAGACUGUUCAAGAAGGAAAAUGAGGCCCUCCGCAGGCACAUGGCUGUACUGCAGGCUGAGGUGUAUGGGGCCCGAUUGGCUGCCAAGUAUCUGGACAAAGAACUGGCUGGCAGAGUGCAGCAGAUCCAGUUACUGGGCCGGGACAUGAAAGGUCCAGCACAUGACAAGCUGUGGAACCAGCUGGAGGCGAGAUUCACCUUCAUCGCCACAAGACCGUCAUCAGAGCGUGCCGCUGGUCGCAACGACUCCAAGAAGCCUCUUCCCUCUCCUGUGGGACAUAACUUCAUCAGUGCUGUAGUGAGAGCCAUGAGACAGAAGUCUUUUGUGCAUGAUGGGGUGGGUUUCUACAGCACAGGUAUAACUACUCUUUAG